CCAACUAUGAAACAGUAGAAGCAGAUCACUUGACUAGGUUUCAUUUGGUGUAGCUGUGGAAGAACACAGCCAAUUUAGCGACAACAUAGGAAGCAUCGCCCUCAACAAGUGGUCGGUGGCAACUGGCACCCAUCGGCAUUUAUUGAGCUGCGCUACUUUUCCCUUUUUUGCAUCUCUCUUCUCUCCAUUUCUGUACAAAACCCCAAUCAUUCAGUGAUUUAAAUCUAGAAUUUAGAGAGAUUACUGUUAACAAUGGCGCUGAAACUAAGCAUUACGCCGAUGAAUAUGCCUAAUUUUCCCGGUUUUCAGCUCAGAUCUCACAGGGUUUCCAUGGCUUCGACCAUUCAUUCUCCCUCAGUAGAUGCCGGAAAAGUUAAAAAACCUUUUAGUCCCCCUCGGGAGGUUCGUGUUCAAGUCACCCAUCCGUUGCCACCAGAGAAGCGUGAGAUCUUCAAUUCGCUGCAAGAUUGGGCUGAAGAGAACAUCCUGGUGCUCCUAAAGCCUGUUGAGAAGUGUUGGCAGCCCAAUGACUUUCUUCCAGAUCCAUCUUCAGAAGGCUUUGAAGAAGAGGUCAGAGAGCUUAGGAAACGAACCAAGGAGCUCCCCGAUGACUACUUUGUCGUGUUGGUCGGGGAUAUGAUUACAGAGGAAGCUCUUCCCACUUAUCAGACUAUGCUCAACACUCUGGAUGGAGUGCGAGAUGAGACUGGUGCCAGCCUCACCCCUUGGGCUAUCUGGACGAGGGCCUGGACGGCUGAAGAGAAUAGGCACGGUGACCUUCUCAACAAAUAUCUUUAUCUUUCUGGACGUGUUGACAUGAGGCAAAUCGAGAAAACCAUACAGUAUCUGAUCGGCUCAGGCAUGGAUCCGGGAACUGACAAAAACCCGUACCUCGGAUUCAUCUACACCUCAUUCCAGGAGAGGGCAACCUUCGUAUCUCACGGAAACACAGCUCGUCAUGCCAAGGAACACGGGGACUUGAAGCUAGCUCAGAUCUGUGGCAUCAUUGCCGCUGACGAGAAGCGUCAUGAGACGGCCUACACCAAAAUCGUCGAGAAGCUGUUCGAGGUCGACCCUGACGGCACAGUGCUCGCGCUUGCAGACAUGAUGAAGAAGAAGAUAUCAAUGCCGGCUCACUUGAUGUACGAUGGCGUGGAUGACAACCUCUUCGAGCACUUCUCCUCCGUAGCACAGCGGCUCGGAGUCUACACUGCCAAGGACUACGCUGAUAUCUUGGAGUUCCUAGUUGGGAGGUGGGAAGUGGAGAAGAUGACGGGGCUGUCCGGGGAAGGACGCAAAGCUCAAGAUUACGUGUGCGGUUUGCCACCUCGGAUUCGGAAGCUGGAAGAGAGGGCACAGGCUCGGGCGAAGCAGUCGGCGCCCGUCCCGUUCAGCUGGAUUCACGGCAGAGAAGUGAUGCUUUGAAGCUAGCUAGGUUGUCAGCCGUCGUACGAUUUCGUUUUCCUGCUUCUUCUUCGGAGUGAUUGAAAAUCGAUAAAAGAAUACACAAUGUUUGGGUUUGGAGUAUAUUUGCUUGACGAAGUUAAAUGUAGAAACGGUUUAUGUUUUGUCUUGAUUAGCUUUUGCUAUGCAGAUAAGACUAUUUAGUUUACUUUUUAA